AUGUAUCAGGAUCAGUUUUUGGGCAACUCCUCUCACUCCAUGCACGAAAUGCAACCACUAUUUGACAAUUUCCUUUACAACUACGACCUGACGACAUCAGCCAACUACCACCACCACAACAACAACUACAACAGCAGCAGCAUCGUGAUCGACGAUGACGUCACUCUAGAAACGUUGCAGCGAUUACGACAGAACUUACAAGCGACACGAUUCGUCAUUCAGAAAAUUUUGACACCUCUGCUGGUGCUGUUCGGAGUGACGGGCAACCUGAUCAACAUCGUCGUUCUGACCAGGAGGUGGAUGAAGUCGUCGACCAACUGCUACCUCUGCGCGCUGGCCGUCUUCGACAGUUUGUACGUGCUGCUGGCGUUCAGUCUCUCCCUACACCACUAUGAAUAUUUCAAAAGUAAGCCAUUCGUCUUUUCACUCACCAAACAACAUGAGUAA